AUGACAGCCAAUAGCAAACGCAAUUAUACACUUCUCACCGUCUCAUACAAACGCUCUCUUGAAAAUCCUGCACCCCAAAGAUUUCUCAUGCACUCAGUACUUGAGUUUCCAAUGAUACUUUGGGAGUUUUUCCGAAGACCUUCUCCAUACGACCUGCGAACUAUCGCAAAAAUAUCAAACACACAUUUCUGUACACUAAUUUUGAUUCUGGGAACUAUGGUAGACUUGUCGAUACUGUGCAUCGGCUCCAGUGCUGGCAAACAUGCCACAACCACCGCAUUGUUCGGGUGA